GAGGCUGAGCCAGAGGAGUACGGAGUAAGUAGCCGAAGAAAAAGGAGCCGAGGCAGGGCAGCUGGGAAGACGCGCGGAGAGCAUCGGACUCACCUAGGCGGGCGGCGAGCGCCUGGUCCGAGUGGACCCCUGCGCUCGGCAGUAUGCGCCCCGCCUGCUAAGUCGUCUGCUUUUCGCCCUCACCUAGCGCCGCCGAUCCCGCCUGGAUGGAGUCCCCCCAGGGUUCUCAUUGGCUCCUGUGAGUGCUUGGGUGUCGAGAGCCUGUUUUUGGCGAAGGGAACCAACUUUUGAAGUUCGCCCAGGAGACUGCGUUCCAGCCCCAGCUCCCCGGCAGCCGGACCCGGCAGAGGCGCGACCGCGGCGCGAGUCACCAUGGGAAGCAAAGGUGCCUACCGCUACCAUUGGCAGAGCCACAAUGUCAAGCACAGCGGUGUGGACGACAUGGUCCUGCUCUCCAAGAUCACAGAGAACGCCAUCGUGGAGAAUCUCAAGAAGAGAUACAUGGACGACUAUAUUUUUACCUAUAUAGGAUCUGUACUAAUCUCAGUCAACCCUUUCAAGCAGAUGCCAUAUUUUGGGGAAAAGGAAAUUGAAAUGUACCAAGGAGCGGCGCAGUAUGAAAACCCACCACAUAUCUAUGCUCUUGCAGAUAGUAUGUACAGAAACAUGAUCAUUGACAGAGAGAACCAGUGUGUCAUCAUCAGUGGUGAAAGUGGUGCUGGAAAGACAGUGGCUGCCAAAUACAUCAUGAGUUACAUCUCCAGAGUGUCUGGAGGAGGCCCCAAAGUCCAGCACGUCAAGGACAUUAUUCUGCAGUCCAACCCACUGCUGGAGGCCUUCGGGAAUGCCAAGACAGUCCGGAACAACAACUCCAGCCGAUUCGGAAAAUACUUUGAAAUCCAGUUCAGUCCAGGUGGGGAACCAGAUGGCGGAAAGAUCUCCAACUUCCUUCUGGAAAAAUCUAGGGUGGUGAUGAGGAACCCUGGAGAGCGGAGUUUUCACAUAUUUUACCAGCUCAUCGAGGGCGCCUCCGCAGAGCAGAAGCACAGCCUCGGCAUCACCAGCAUGGACUAUUAUUACUACCUGAGCCUCUCCGGCUCCUACAAGGUGGAUGACAUCGAUGACAGGCGAGAGUUUCAGGAAACGCUGCACGCGAUGAAUGUGAUCGGGAUCUUUGCAGAGGAGCAAACCCUGGUGCUGCAGAUAGUGGCGGGUGUCCUCCACCUCGGAAAUAUCAGCUUCAAGGAAGUUGGCAAUUACGCAGCAGUGGAGAGUGAAGAGUUUUUGGCUUUUCCUGCAUAUCUGCUGGGGAUAAACCAGGACCGGUUGAAAGAAAAGCUAACGAGCCGACAGAUGGAUAGCAAGUGGGGAGGCAAGUCAGAGUCCAUCCAUGUGACCCUCAACGUGGAGCAGGCCUGUUAUACCAGGGACGCGCUCGCCAAGGCCCUGCACGCCCGGGUCUUUGAUUUCUUGGUAGAUUCCAUCAACAAAGCGAUGGAGAAGGACCACGAAGAAUACAACAUUGGUGUCCUAGACAUCUACGGCUUUGAAAUAUUCCAGAAAAAUGGCUUUGAACAGUUUUGUAUCAAUUUUGUUAAUGAAAAACUACAGCAAAUAUUUAUCGAACUAACAUUAAAGGCAGAACAGGAAGAAUACGUUCAAGAGGGAAUCAAGUGGACACCCAUUGAGUACUUUAAUAACAAAAUCGUGUGUGACCUCAUAGAGAACAAAGUGAACCCUCCUGGGAUCAUGAGCAUCCUGGAUGACGUGUGUGCCACCAUGCACGCGGUGGGUGAGGGGGCGGAUCAGACGCUGCUCCAGAAGCUUCAGAUGCAGAUCGGGAAUCAUGAGCACUUCAACAGCUGGAACCAAGGCUUCAUUAUUCACCAUUACGCUGGGAAGGUAUCUUACGACAUGGAUGGCUUUUGUGAAAGGAACCGUGAUGUGCUUUUUAUGGAUCUGAUCGAGCUGAUGCAGAGCAGUGAGCUACCUUUUAUAAAGUCUUUAUUUCCGGAGAAUUUGCAAGCUGACAAGAAAGGGCGCCCAACUACUGCCGGAAGCAAAAUAAAGAAACAAGCCAAUGACCUUGUGAACACUCUGAUGAAGUGUACACCUCACUACAUUCGUUGCAUAAAACCAAAUGAAACCAAGAAGCCCAAAGACUGGGAGGAAAGCAGGGUAAAGCACCAAGUCGAAUACCUGGGUCUGAAAGAAAACAUUCGAGUGAGAAGAGCUGGUUACGCCUAUCGGCGCAUCUUCCAAAAGUUCCUCCAGAGGUAUGCCAUUCUGACCAAAGCCACCUGGCCCUCGUGGAAAGGAGAUGAGAAACAAGGUGUCCUCCACCUGCUGCAGUCCGUCAACAUGGACGGUGACCAGUUCCAGCUUGGGAGGAGCAAAGUGUUCAUCAAAGCGCCUGAGUCUCUAUUUCUUCUAGAAGAGAUGAGAGAGAGGAAGUAUGAUGGGUACGCUCGAGUGAUACAGAAAUCUUGGAGGAAGUUCGUAGCCCGGAAGAAGUACGUCCAAAUGCGAGAAGAAGCCUCAGACCUCCUGUUGAACAAGAAGGAGAGAAGGAGAAACAGUAUUAACAGGAACUUCAUCGGGGAUUACAUCGGGAUGGAGGAGCACCCGGAACUCCAGCAGUUUGUGGGCAAGAGGGAAAAGAUCGAUUUUGCAGACACAGUGACCAAGUACGACAGGAGGUUCAAGGGUGUAAAGCGAGACCUGCUUCUUACUCCAAAGUGCUUGUACUUAAUUGGACGAGAAAAGGUCAAACAGGGUCCUGACAAAGGCCUCGUGAAAGAAGUGCUGAAGCGGAGAAUAGAGGUGGAGAGGAUCUUGUCCGUGUCCCUCAGUACUAUGCAGGAUGACAUUUUUAUUCUUCAUGAACAAGAGUAUGACAGUUUGCUUGAAUCCAUCUUCAAAACUGAAUUUUUAAGCCUGUUGGCAAAACGUUAUGAGGAAAAAACUCAGAAGCAACUACCUCUGAAAUUUAGCAAUACGCUUGAACUCAAGUUGAAGAAGGAGAACUGGGGUCCCUGGAGUGCAGGGGGCUCCCGGCAAGUGCAAUUCCACCAGGGCUUCGGUGACCUGGCCAUCCUCAAGCCCAGUAACAAAGUGCUGCAGGUCAGCAUCGGACCCGGGCUGCCCAGGAACUCCCGUCCUACCAGAAGGAACACCACUCAAAACAGAAGUUAUCCCAGCGGGACGCAAAACGCCAACUACCCGAUGAGAGCUGCCCCUCCGCCCCCAGGAUACCAUCAGAAUGGAGUCAUCAAAAACCAGUUUGUGCCACCUUCCCACGCUCCUGGAAACCAGCGGUCAAAUCAGAAAAGCCUGUACACCUCCAUGGCCCGCCCGCCCUUGCCACGACAACAGUCCACUGGCUCAGACCGGGUGUCACAGGCACCAGAGAGUUUGGAUUUCCUUAAAGUCCCAGAUCAGGGUGCUGCAGGGGUCCGGAGACAAACGACCAGUCGGCCUCCCCCAGCAGGGGGCAGACCCAAACCCCAGCCCAAGCCUAAGCCUCAGGUGCCACAGUGCAAGGCUCUGUAUGCCUAUGAUGCUCAGGACACAGACGAACUCAGCUUCAAUGCCAAUGACAUUAUCGAUAUUAUCAAAGAAGCUCCUCCACCUGAAUAAUGAGACAAACGGUCCCGUCCAGAAGUGGAUGAGGGCUCUUGAGGCAACGCACACCAGAGCCUCUCGAAUCGUCGGUGGAAUCAGAGCAGAACAUCUCGCCUCUGGUUAAAGUAUGUACGGUCCACAUCCCCUUGUCCACAUCCUUAGAGCUAACUAAGUGCCAGAUAUCAGAGAUGGGAGCCUUUAGAAAGCUAAUAAAGGUGUGUGUGUAUAUAUAUUGUAUCGUAUCAUAUCAUAUAUUAUAUCGUUGUGUUAUAUUAUAUUAUAAUUAUAUUAUAUACCCCCCUUGUGGGCCCCAGGGCAACACAUAGAUCAGACUCAGUUUUUCUGCCGUGAGACAUGAGCAUUCAUACUCCAGGAAGAGGUGUCACAAACAAACUCACGUCAGUUCAGGCCAAAUUUUGCCAUCAAAUGAGUUACAGAAAACUUUUAAUUUUCAGAACUUUCUGGAUUUUUUCAUCACAAAUGAAGCGUGGCCUGUAAUAUCUGUCAUCACUCAGAGAAAUAGGUUCCUUCUUUCACUGUUUACUCCUAGGAUAGACUUUUGGGGAGGAAAUUUAACAGUAUUUAUCAAAAUUUUAAAAUCCCCCUGUCAAAAAGAUUGCUUUGAAUUUAUAUUUAACCCCUUCCACCAAGAUAAAUUCCAAAUAAAUAAAUAUUUAAAUGUAUAAAAUAGACGUCAAAGCCCUAGAGGUAAUUAUGGGAGUGUUUUCUUUUUUUACAACAUCAUUAUGGGAAAGGAUUUCUAAAAAUGGGAAAAAACCAAGAAGCUGUAAAAUAAGAGAUCAUUUGAUUCUAAUACUUAAAUUUUAAAACAUAAAAAAUUAAUAAAAAUGGGAGGAGGGAUAUUUGCAACUCACAAGACAAAUUCACUAAGAUAUAUGAACAACUUGUAAUCAACAAGAUAAAGACCAACAUCCGAUAGAAAAAUAGGCAAAUGCUGUGAACAGGAAUACAUGGAGCUGUCGAAGAGAAUAUGGAAGCUCUUUAUACACUGAUAUGAAAGGACCUAUAGCGUAUAUUAUUAGGGUUAAGAAGUGCAGAACAUGUAAUAUACAUAGUAUGCUAUUUGUGUACAAAAGGGGGUAAUUUUUUUUUAACUUUCUGUUGAGAUUAUGAUAGUUUACAACCUUGUGAAAUUUCAGUUGUACAUUAUUGUCUGUCCGUCGUGUUGUAGGUGCGCCCCUGCACCCUUUGCGCCCACCCCCAACUUCCCCUUCCCCCUGGUAACCACUAAUCGGUUCUCUU